AUGACUCGCUCCCUCCUGAUUGCCUUGUUACUAACCCUCCUUGCUUUCACAGCUGCCAGCAUCCACGCAAGAAGAACUCUCUCUGAAGGUGCCAUCGACACCAUUGUCAACACAUGGGUCAAUUCCGUCACUGACAGAGCUUCUUUCGAUGAAGAAUCAGAUGCAGCAAGCACACCAGGUCAAAUCGCUGCUUCCUUUUCCAACUCAAAAGUUGGUUCUUGUUAUUCUCAAGCUCAACGAAUGGGUAAUCCAUGUUACGAUUGCUCCUCAUUGGUGUAUUUGGCUUAUAAGAGCGCAGGUAAGAAUGUUCCAACCACUACUCGAGGAUAUCCUGGAGGUUUGAGAGAUGUGACUGGACAAGCUUUACAAACUGGUGAUAUCUUGUGGAGAAGUGGACAUGUUGGUAUUUAUGUGGGUGGAAAUCAAGUCGUGAAUGCUGAGAAUCCAAAGAGUGGUGUCAAGAAGAGAGAUUUGGGUUUUUAUACUAAAUAUUUGGGUUUCACUCGAGUGUAUCGUGUUUAA